AUGGCCGGCUCUAUCGGUAUCAGGUGUAGGAACAACACAGCCGUCAUCUGCCAAUUACACAGCAGGACACAUGGCGCGAAGACUGACCUCGGAGUCCGCAAGGCUGUAAUCGACUCUUCUACAUGGUCAUACGACGAGCUCAUCGCAGCAGGACUCAAGAAGGGCGCUAACUGCUGGGUCUCCGUGGCCAUCAUCGCUGGAGUAGCCAACCAUGAGAGUGGCUCGAACUUCACGCUCCAAAAGGAUGCAUCAUUCACACUGGUCUACACCCUCUCCAGUGGUGCUGCCACUCCAAGCCAGACCUUCACCGAGUUAAGCGGCUACGGCUUCAACAAACGAGACGAUUGCUGGCUGUCUGUGGAUGUUGAAGCCGGGAGAGCGAACCAUGAGUCUGGCGAAAACUUCGCCUUGCGAAAGAAUACGCCGGUCAUCGCUAACUACACCCUAUUGGAUACGAUAUGGUUUCCUUCCUGGUCCCAGGGCGCAGAUAAACCGUGGACUAAGGAUGGUAAUCGAUAA